AUGUUAGUAGUGGCUUUGGGGAUGUAUUUGGGGCAUUUUGGGACUGCAGAGCCUAACGGCACGAAAUGUGUAUUUGUACUGUACGUCAUUGGCUUCUUAUUAUUUAGUGGAGUCUAUAGCAUAGCGCAAUCUUUUGAUAACGAGGAAGUUCGCUCAGAGAUUGUCAUCAUCAAUGGGUACCUGGCCGAAUGGAGAACAAAUCCCCCGUGUCAAGAUGAAGGAAAUGGGCAUCCAUCUCAAACUGCCGCUAUCACGGCGAGGGCGGAUGACAACUCCGAGUCUGACCCACUACUGAAGAAAGACGCAAGUGGUGGAGAAACUUCAUCUGCUAUAACCGAAAGUAUAGGGCGCAAUUCUCCAACUACUCCAAAGUCAGAAGAAAGCAAGUGUAGAGAUCAGGCAAAGCACUCUUCACAUCAAGAUCUCGAGGCAGGGAAUUUGGAAAAUAGCAUCAGUAAAAGUGGCAGCGAGGCUAGCAGCAAGAGUAGGAGCAGUACCAAGGGCAAAGAAAGGGUUGGAAAAGAAGAUUGA